AUGUUUAGUGGUAAAGACAAGCUGUUCGCUUUGGAUAAAGGCACAACCACGGCGUCAUUCAUUACAAAAGAUGGGAUUGUUGUGGCAGUAGAUUCCAGGGCCACUUCUGGGUCGUAUAUCGCAUCACAGACUGUUAAUAAAGUCAUACAAGUGAAUAAGUACUUGCUUGGUACCAUGGCAGGUGGUGCUGCUGACUGCUUCUACUGGGAGAGAGCCAUGGGAAAUUAUGCCAUGCAGCAUGAAUUAAAGUACGGAGAAAGAAUCCCAGUGGCAGGUGCAGCUAAAUACCUUUCUGCUACGCUUAAUGCGUAUAAGGGCCGUGGUUUAUCCAUAGGGAGCAUGGUAUGCGGGUGGGGUUCAUCUGGUCCGGCCAUUUACUAUGUGGAUGAUUCAGGUAACUGUGUAAAUGGCAAGUUAUUCUCUGUUGGGUCUGGGUCACUGUUCGCUUACGGUAUCUUAAACACAGGCUAUAAAUACGAGAUGGACAAAGAAGAUGCAAUUGAAUUAGCAAGACGGGCGAUAUUUCAUGCUGGUCACAGUGAUGCGUAUUCUGGUGGUACUGUGAAUAUUUACUUUAUUGAUGAGACUGGGUGGAGUAAGGUUGACUCACAGGAUGUGUCCUGUUUAUAUGAUAAGUAUAUGGAAUAACCCGAAUUAACCCUAAAUUAUUCUUAGUGUAAUUAUAGUAUUAAGAGUAAUUUACGGACACUUCAAUUAUUACAGAAAUUAAAAAUAUAAAACCCCUUCAUUUUUAUCUUUACUAAAUUAAAACUGGACA